UCUCAUCUUCGUCACAGUCGAGCAUUGAAAACAGGAAGUGUUCGGUGGAUUUUAUUCUCGGGAAUCACCGGCUGUCGAAUUUUAUACAAAUUUCUUAUCUGCAAUUUCACUCUUUGAAAUUGUACAUAUUUAUGUUGUGAUUGGAUUUUCACUCUGAAGUCUGACGGAAAACGUGCGUUUCUAUCCUUUCCAUAAAAUUUUGGUUGAGAGUCGGUCGACGAUCAAGCUUCAUGUCAUUUGAUGUCCAGUAAUACGGACGCUCCACCGGCCAAGAAACCAAGAACUGAGUCCAAUACGGGUGCAAACUGCACAAAUAACUCAGGUGUAGCUACAAACAGCAGGGUUGACAUGGCUCAAAAUGGAGCGACAGAUGAAAUUGAUGAAGGUCUCUACUCCAGACAGCUGUAUGUUCUUGGUCACGAAGCCAUGCGGCGGAUGGCCAAUUCCAAUAUCCUUAUCUCCGGAAUGAGAGGUCUGGGUAUCGAGAUUGCCAAGAAUGUUGUGCUCGGCGGUGUGAAAUCUGUCACAGUGCAUGAUAAUGGCAAUGCAGCAUGGAUGGACCUGUCUAGUCAGUUUUUUCUGCGCGAGGAAGACAUUGGGAAGAACCGUGCUGAGGUGAUACAGCCUCGUCUGGCCGAGCUGAACAGCUAUGUUCCUGUCUCAGCCUACACAGGGGAACUUUCAGAGGAUUACCUCAAACAGUUUCAGGUUGUUUGUUUGACAAACUCUUCACUAGAUGACCAAAUCCGUAUUGGAGAGUUCUGUCACUCCAAGGAAAUCAAGUUCAUAGUGGCAGAUACCAGAGGAUUGUUUGGUCAGAUCUUCUGCGACUUUGGUGAAGGUUUUGUCGUGUCUGAUGUAGAUGGAGAGCAGCCAAACAGCACCAUGGUGGCAUCUGUCACAAAGGAGGUAGACGGUAUUGUGGCCAGCGUUGACGAGACUCGGCAUGGCUUUGAGGACGGAGACUACGUCACAUUCCAUGAAGUCCAGGGCAUGACAGAACUCAAUGAAUGUGAACCAAGAAAAAUCAAAGUGUUGGGUCCCUACACAUUCAGUAUUGGUGACACAAGUGGUCUGUCGGAUUAUGUACGUGGAGGAGUGGUCACAAAGGUUAAGAUGCCGAAGACACUGAACUUUAAAUCCAUCAAAGCAUCCCUGGAGGCUCCAGAGUGUUUGAUCACAGAUUUUGCAAAGUUUGAUCGACCAGGACAGCUUCACAUAGCUUUUCAAGCAUUGCACGAGUUUUUUAAACAGAAGGGGGCUCUACCAGCACCGAGGAACAAGGCUGAUGCCGAUGCGUUCCUGGAGGUGUUCAAAGACGUCAACUCUAAGUCAGCUGCAAAGGUUGAUGAGUUUGAUGAGAAAGUGGUGAAGGAGUUCGCUGAGGAAUGUCAGGGAGAUCUCUGCCCAAUAGCUGUAAUGAUUGGUGGCGUCACAGCUCAAGAAAUCAUGAAGGCCUGCAGUGGCAAGUUCAGCCCUAUAUUCCAGUACAUGUACUUUGAUGCCAUCGAGUGUCUGCCCAAAGACACAGAGAUCCUGACAGAGGAAGAAUGCAAACCUAGGGACACACGCUAUGACGGACAAAGGAUUGUGUUCGGAGAAACAUUUCAGAACAAGAUUGGUGAUCUCAAGUACUUCUUGGUUGGAGCAGGAGCUAUUGGCUGUGAAAUGCUCAAGAACUUCGCAAUGGUCGGUUUGGGAUGUCGCAAAGGGAAGGUGAUCGUCACAGAUAUGGACACCAUUGAGAAGUCCAACCUCAACAGACAGUUCCUCUUCAGACCCUGGGAUGUACAGAAAACAAAAUCCUCCACAGCAGCCAACGCUGUGAAGCAGAUGAAUCCAAGUUUCAACAUCGAGGCCCGAGAGGACCGUGUUGGAGCCGAGACUGAGAAUGUGUACACAGAUGAGUUCUUCGAGCAGCUGGAUGGUGUCACAAAUGCCUUGGAUAACGUGGACGCAAGAAUGUACAUGGAUCGACGGUGUGUGUAUUACAACAAGCCCCUGUUGGAGUCAGGGACACUGGGAACAAAGGCCAAUGUUCAGGUUGUCAUUCCUGGUGUAACAGAGUCCUACUCCUCAUCUCAAGACCCACCAGAGAGAUCUAUACCCAUCUGUACUCUAAAGAACUUCCCCAACGCCAUAGAACACACUCUACAGUGGGCUCGUGAUGAUUUUGAAGGCAUGUUCAAACAUCCAAUGGAGAGCGCCCAGCAGUAUGUUACAGACCCCAAGUUCACAGAGAAGACUCUCAAAACACCAGGAUACCAGUCUUUUGAAACAUUUGAUGCAGUGAAGAAAGCACUUGUAGAUGAGCGUCCAGCUUCCUUCGAAGACUGCGUCAAGUGGGCCCGCAAUGUCUUUCAGAGGAACUACUACAAUCAGAUUGCACAGCUGCUGUUCAAUUUCCCAGCCGAUCAGCUCACCAGUUCAGGAGCCUUGUUCUGGUCUGGUCACAAGAGGUGUCCUCAUCCGAUAAUGUUUGAUACCGAAAAUGGUUUACAUGUGGACUACAUCAUGUCAUGUGCAAAUCUUCGGGCUGAGAUGUAUGGCUUGAAACAAGUGCGAGAUCGUCAAACCAUCAAGGACCUAGUGUCCAAAGUGGUGGUACCUGAGUUUAAGCCAAGGAGUGGUGUCAAGAUUGAUGUUACUGACGCUGAAGCUCAAUCAAGGCAGCAGGAUAUAUUUGACCAAGACCAGCUGGAAUCCAUGGUGAAGGCCCUCCCAUCUGCUGACAGCUUCAAGGGGGUCAAUCUUCAACCCAUUGAUUUCGAGAAGGACGAUGAUACCAACUUCCACAUGGACUUCAUUGUGGCGGCCUCCAAUCUCAGAGCAGAGAACUAUGAUAUCCCCCCAGCCGAUAGACACAAGAGCAAACUGAUUGCUGGUCGAAUCAUUCCUGCUAUUGCAACAACGACAGCCAUGGUUGUAGGUCUUGUUGGCCUGGAACUCUUCAAACUUGCUCAAGGACAUAGGAAUGUAGAGGUGUUCAAAAAUGGAUUUGCAAACUUGGCGCUGCCAUUCUUUGCUUUCUCUGAACCAAUCCUCGCCCCCAAGAACAAGUACUAUGAUGUGGAAUUCACCUUGUGGGAUCGCUUUGAGGUACAAGGGGAGAUGACUCUCAAGGAAUUCUUGGCCUACUUUCAGGAGAAACACAAGCUGGAGAUCACCAUGUUGUCUCAAGGAGUGUGCAUGUUGUACUCAUUCUUCAUGCAGCCUGCUAAAAGGGAAGAAAGGCUUAAUUUACCAAUCUCAGAGGUAGUGAAGAAGGUCUCCAAGAAGAAGGUCCCACCGCAUGUGCGUGCCCUGGUGCUUGAGAUUUGCUGUAACGAUGAGGAGGGUGAAGAUGUUGAAGUGCCCUACGUCAAGUACAACCUACCUAGAUAGACAGAUGACCAGAAAGCCUGCUUGCAAUCACUCUCACGUCCAUCACGCAUGUCUGUUGCUUCAUCUGACAAGCAGAUGCCAGGUCAAAUCAUUAUGAUGCUGAUUGUCUAAUUUAUUCUCAAAGUAACCUUCCUGUCAAUGUCCACGCUAAGUUUCCACCAGAAUUACAUGUUGAUAAGUUUCAAUGCUUUUCAGCCUUUAGUAAAAGGUUGUAGUGUUGAAUCGAGGUCGUCACAAGUUCUAAUCACGAAACUAGUUGUGAUGGAAAGUUGGCAGCUGUUUGACAAAGGCCGUAGCUGUUUGAAAGAUGAAGCGACAACACCAUGAAAGCCAUUCUGCUGUGUUAAUGGAGAGGCUGGAGGCUGUAGUUGCACUUUUAUAUCCCAAGUAGGCGGUAUACAUCUUUACAGCCUUAUACAGCGAGACAAUAUUUUCUUUUUGUAAAAGUCUGUAUUCACGUUAGGUGUUCAUAUCUUAAGAUAAAAGGAGUAUUUUCGCUUGUCAGAAAAAAAUGCUGUGGCAUCUGAAUAAAAAAAAAAGAAGAUAUAAAUAUUUCAGUGUAUAAAAUUCAAUGUUUGUGGACAAAGUCGCGCUGAUGGAUAUCUUGUAGUACAACUGCAUGUUGUAUAGCUUUGUACAAAAAGCUUCUAGUAUCGUUUAACUUUCUCGCCUCUGCCUCACUCCGGAUUAUUUCAUGCAGUGCAUGUUCAAUAUGCACUUAUUUAUAGUUGAGCAAGUUGUUGCAAUAAAAUAUCUUUGGAACACUUAUGAUAAUCUUGUAUGCGUGAUAUGAUGUUUAACUGUCAGAUCAUUUGGUACUUGUCAAUUCCAUUUGUUAAUAAACUGAUGAAAUCUA